GGAAAGAUGCCCGCCUCGCAAACUGGAUUUGGCAACUUCUUCCUGGAGAGGAGCGUCGGCAUGGCGGCUGGAUACCAGAUCCCGGUGCUGGGGUGCCCGCCGGGCGUGCACACCCCGCAGCAGCAGCAGCAGCAGCAGCAGCAGCAUCUGGCAGCGAUGGCAGCUGGAGUUCCCAUAACAUACUCAGGACUACAGGGGUACAACUUCAUCCCGUAUCCGCCCCACAGGCACAUCGCACACAUGAACAGCGCCUUCGAGCUGAAGGCCACGUCUCCUUACCACCACGCGCUGCUGGCGCGCGCCGCUCCUUUCUACCCCGCGUACCGCCCGGGGGUGGUCGAGGACCCGGUCAGGGUGGCCAAGGUGGCCACGCGGGAGAGCACCGGCGCGCUGAAGGCCUGGCUGAACGAGCACCUGAAGAACCCGUACCCCACCAAGGGGGAGAAGAUCAUGCUCGCCAUCAUCACCAAGAUGAGCCUCACGCAGGUCUCCACCUGGUUCGCCAACGCGCGGCGGCGCCUGAAGAAGGAGAACCGGGUCAGCUGGGCCACCAGGGGGAAGUCGGACGAGGAGGACGACGAGCAGGAGGCGGACAGCGACGAGGAGGACGCCGCUUUGCAGAAAUGUCGCUUGGACGAUGAGGAGGAAGAGGAGGAGGAGGCUGCGCGCGAGCGCGCAGCGGCCGCCGCGGAGGACCCCGCAGCUGCGGACCGGGCGCAGCAGCCGGGCGGCCAGCGGGAAGGCAGACCCCCGGGACUGGUGAAGCAGGUGGACAGCAGUGACUCUGAGCUCAAGCCGUCCGCUCUGGAGAGCAAAGAGGAGCCCAGCAGCCACAAACCCAAAAUCUGGUCUCUGGCCGAAACCGCCACCUCGGAGACCGUGAAGAAACCCGCGGACAGUAUUUACCACCCGGCCGGCAGGCUGUGGGCAGAGUGGGCCUCCAGGCACGGACUGGUCGUUCCGUCCUGCUACACCACGCACGAGCUCGUCUGAACACGGACGGAAAACUUUUCUCCCUCCUUCCACACAUUUUGCACUUUAAACUUUGCAGACUCUCAGGGACCUCCUGAAGUUUGACACGGAGUUCAACGGAGACCAAAGAAGAAAACACGCCGCGUUCCCUGUAAAUAAAUCUAGAUGUAUUUUUGGUCCAACAAGCUGUAAAUUAUGUUUCCUUGUCAGUUCUUGAAAGAAAUAUUUUUGCCUA